AUGAGCAACAAUCCUCCGAUGCGGCCGCCGCCUCCCGGACAGCGAAAUCGGGACAAGCGCACCAACUACUAUGCGACAUACUCGCAAGGAGCAAUACCGCCGCCACCACCGCCACCCCCUCGAAACCACGGGGCAUCAUCGACAUCGUCGCUGCUGCUGACACCAGGAGGAGGAGGAGCAGCGGGGAACAGAGCCGGAGUAGAAGCAGGAGUAGGGGGGCUGACAUCUGGGCUUGGCAGCCUCGGGCUGGGACUGACGCCUGUCAUGUCCAAGUCGGCGUCGGCCAGCAGUCUUGUUCCAUCGUCAGCAGCAGCAGCAUCAGCAGCAACCGCAGCGAUGCCCGGGACCAAUCCGGUGUCGGCAGCCGAGGCGAUCCACGGGCCCAUUCGCGAGCCGGCACGCGAAACGGGGCCGGUGCCAGACCGGCUGAUUGUCGGGGUGGACUUUGGGACGACGUUUUCGGGGGUGGCGGUGGUGUACUCGGCGACGCCGGACGAUAUCGAGAUCAUUAAGACAUGGCCGGGCGGCAACGGGAUCACGUCGGACAAGGUGCCGACGGAGCUGAUGUACGACCUGCCGGCCGAUGCAGCCGCCGGCACGGAGCCGACGGUGCGGUGGGGCUUCCAGUUCAAGCCAGAGGAGGCGCGGCUGCGCUGCAUCAAGCUGUUCCUGGACCGGUCGCAGAAGCUGCCGUUCUACGUCAGCCCGCUCGAGACGGCAGCGCAGCUGAGCCGCCACGGCAAGACGGUGGUGGACGCGGCGGCCGACUACCUCACGCAGGUGCGCCGUCACACGAUAGACACGCUGGGCCGGCGCUAUGGGGCCUCGUUCAUGGCAUCGACGCGCGUCGGUUAUGUGCUCACCUGCCCGGCCGUCUGGUCGGACGCGGCCAAGAACACGACGCUGCUGGCGGCCGAGCGCGCCGGCAUGGGCGACCGCGCGGCCAUCCAGAUGAUCAGCGAGCCUGAGGCGGCGGCUCUGUACACGCUCAAGGCGAUCCAGCCGAACCAUCUGAACGUGGGCGACAAUGUGAUUGUGUGUGAUGGCGGCGGAGGGACGGUAGACCUGAUCGCAUACAAGAUCAUCUCGCUCAAGCCGCUGCACGUCGAGGAGUCAGCCGUGGGCACGGGCGGCCUCUGUGGAAGCGCCUUCCUCAACUACCGGUUCGAGGAACACGUGCGCGAACGUCUCGGCGCCAGCCGGUUCGACGAGAUGAAGGUCAAGAAGAGCAAGACUUGGCAGAUGGGGCUGCGCUACUUUGAGGAGUUUGUCAAGCGCAAUUUCAACGAAGACGAGCACCAAGAGGUGAAUAUUCCAUUACCCGGUCUUCCCGACGAUGAAGCAGUGGGCCUCGACUCGGGCUUCCUAGUCAUGACUGCCGAUCAGGUGCGGGAAAUCUUUGAGCCCGUGGUCACGGAGGUGUGCGAUCUGGUGCAAGGCCAGGUCGACGGGCUGCGGUCCAAGGGUGGCAUCGUGUCGGGCAUCAUCCUCGUAGGCGGGUUCGGCCAGAGCGAUUACCUGUACCGGCGGGUACGGGCAUGCUUUUCCGGCAGUGGCAGCGGAGCCGGUGAUGGCGACGGUGAGGACGGCCGGCCCGGAGUGCUGCCUCCACCGCCAUACAGUGAGCGGCCGACACACGCAGUAGCGGCAGCAGCGGCAGCAGCAGAAGCAGCCAUGACGACGUUGUCGACGCAGGCGGCCGGGCCGAUCGAGGUGAUGCAGCCGAUGUACGCCUGGACGGCAGUCGUGCGUGGAGCAGUGCUGCGUGGACUCGAGGGCAACAUGGUGCUGUCGCGACGGGCACGUUUCCACUACGGCACGUCAUACGCGACGGUAUACGACGAGACCAAGCACGAGGUCGGCGAGCGGUACUGGUCGCCGCUGUGGGAGCGGUGGAUGGUGUCGGACCGCAUGCAGUGGCACAUUGCCAAGGACGACGCGAUCUCACCGCUGGAACCGAUCGCCUUCCACUACACGCGCAACUUCCGGCCGGGUCAGUCGCUGCUGGUCACCGAUGACCUGCUGGCCUGCGCGGCCGACGAGCCGCCUCUGGCCUACACACGCGGCCGCGACGCCAACCUGAUACACGUCUGCACGCUCACGACCGAUCUCCGGGCCGUGCCGCGCAGCCUGUUCACGCGACUGACCACAACGCGUGGCGUCGAGUUUGAUAACCUCGACUUCACUCUCGAGAUGGUCGUCGACAGCGCCGGUCUGGGCUUCGAGCUCAAGGUGGACGGCGUGCGGUACGGCCGGGUGGAGGCAGAAUUUCACUGA